GGAAAUUACGUCACAGCACGACACGCAUCAGGCUUUUGGUGGGAAUAUGAGUUCGCCUCCAUGCACAUUUAAUUUAACAUUAAAAGCGUUAAUAUACGUCUUGUUGUGUUUAAUGUAAUGCCAAAGUUUCAUAUAUAUAUCACAGUUUAAAAGGUUGAAGCGUAACAGCCCUUAAGGUGUGUUUAAACCAGAAAGCCAGACAGGAAAAGUUCACUCUUUCUAUUGUUUGCUAGCAUGCUAUCACGUUAGCCGACGGUAGAGCUGAGUAGCAAUAAAGUGAGUUUACUUCAGUUUUCGAGGAUACAUUCACAGCUAUUUAUAGAUAACUGUGUGUAAUAUGUUUGAUUAGUUGUUUGCGAUAUAUCAGUGGUAAGGAAAGCCAUCAGUCCAUCCUUCAGUCUUCAGAAUCAACAACAACAUGCCAGAGAUCCAACUCAAACACGUCGUGUCCUGCAGCACAGAGGACACUACCCACAAGGCAGACAACCUGCUGAGCUCUGACACCUACAGGAAGUGGAAAGCAGCCCGACCCGGGGAGAAGCAGACCUCAGUCAUUCUGCAGUUAGAAAAGGAGGAGCAGGUGCACAGCAUUGAUAUUGGAAAUGAAGGGUCGGCUUUCAUCGAGGUGCUGGUGGGUAAUUCUUCAGCUGUCAGAGACCAGGACUAUGAGGUUCUUUUGGUUACGUCUUCCUUCAUGUCCCCCACGGAGAGCCGUAACGGCACCAACAUGAACCGGGUGCGUUUCUUCGGGCCCAGCCAGCUGCAGAAGAGCACAGCACAGGAAAAGUGGGACAGAGUGAAAAUUGUGUGUAGCCAGCCGUACAGCAAGACCAUAGCGUACGGACUGGCCUUUGUGAAGUUUCAUUCACCGCCUGACAAAAAUGACCCUCCUCCAACAUCCUCCCCGAAACUGACAAAAUUGGGACAGUUCAGGGUGAAGGAUGAGUCUCCUUCAACGAGUCCCAGCCUUCAGCCUGGCAGUCUCUUCUUCAGUCGGGACAAUGCAACAAAGUCCAGCACUGCACUCAAAGCACUCAGCACGUCUCUGUCUUUAGUGUCUCCUCAGAGUGAGAGGUUGAGUUACGCCGCUGCUGCCCUGCAGGCUGGGGGCAGCUCCCACUCGUCAGGCCAGGCUUCCUCCUCCAGCUCUGCCUCACCACAGCCACCAGCAAAGAGAAAAUUUGAGUUCGGCAAAGAGCGUCCGUCUGCCUCGGGCCCUACACCCUCAAAGAAGACGAGCCCGGCCGGCUCCCCUGAGGUCAAAGCUGCGACCCCCAAACACAAGCCGAGCCCAUCCAGCACGCCGAGCCCCAGCACCGCCAAAGCUUCCCCGGCACAGAAGUCUGCUGAAAAGAAGCGGGAGAGCCAAUCCAAACCCGAACCUAAACCCAAACAACAGAAAGCCAGCGCGCAGCAGGUCCCAUUCAAACGCAUAAUGGAGGGGGUUGUGUUUGUCCUCAGCGGCUUCCAAAACCCCUUCAGAGGGGAGCUGAGGGAAAAGGCUGUGGACAUGGGGGCUAAAUAUCGACCCGACUGGACACCCGGCGCCACACACCUCAUCUGUGCCUUCGCUAACACCCCCAAGUACAGCCAGGUGAAAUCAGCAGGGGGCAUCAUCAUACGGAAGGAAUGGGUAAUGGACUGCCAUAAGAGGAAACAGAAGCUCCCCUACAAACGGUAUUUGAUGGAUGGCGCUGAGUCGAGCUCCGAGAGCGAAAUGGAAGUAGACGACCAGAGUGAGGAGGAAAUGAACACAAAGACUCCACUGAAGCAGGAGAGACAAGUCACCCCCAAAAAGACGCCCGAGAAGAAGGGUGAAGACGAUGAGUACGCCGGCUCCACUGAUGUGGAGGAACCAGGAGGCGGUGAUGAUGAGUCUGCCGUGGACACGGAGGACGAGCUGCAGAGGGUGGAGAGUGAGAGCAGACAGAAGAAAGCAGCAGCAGAAGGGAAGACGGUGAAACAGGAGGAUCCAUACGGGGGGUCGACAGAUGAAAACACAGACGUGGAGGCUGAAGAGGAUCACCCCAUCCCGGAGCUACCAGACUUCCUGAGUGGAAAGCACUUUUUCCUCUACGGUAAAUUCCCUAACAACGAGAGGCGUCUGCUGUUGCGGUACAUCGUUGCCUUUAACGGGCUGAUUGAGGAGUACAUGACGGAGAAGGUGCAGUUUGUGGUGACCAGUGAAGGGUGGCACGACUCCUUCGAAGACGCGCUGAUGGAGAACGGCUAUCUGAACUUCGUCAAACCAGCAUGGAUUUACGCAAUCAACGAACGACAAAAGAUACUGCCCUAUCAACCCUACACGGUCGUCCCCUGAACAAUGCACUGUAUGUACACAUGCAGGUGUGCACGGACACACUCAAUACACCAAUGGGGAACAGCCAUGGACGCAUUUCUUUUUUUGCAGAUUCACCGCUUUACUUUCAUAAAAGCAAUAAACUGUUCAUUAAUGACUUUCCACUGACUUUAUACUGGCCAAUUAGAAAUGUUUUCAGUCCUCAUGUGUUUCAACACAUGUACUCUCCUUUUGGCCAAGAUGGGAAAAUGUAUUUUUAAAUGGUGUCUGUUGAGGUUAACGUAACGAUAAGCUUUAGACUUAUUAUUAGCUUUUUAUUUUGAAAGUUGUUAGUUCUAGCUUGGACUUUGUGUACAAAGCACACACUCUCUGGUUCAGGACUUGUUUGAAUUCCUCGGUUCCUGUGCUGCAGCUUUUUGGCCGCUCACCUCGGCUACCUCGGGCUCCGUCUGGAAAUGAGUUAUCACCCAGUGCUGACUGCCGGCGGCACCGAUAAGACUCUUGACUUGUGUAAGCGGGCAGACCCAUUAAGAGGCCAGCUCAAAGUCAGGGGGGAAAAGUGCCAUUUAUUUAAGGCCGCAGCCACCAAAUGCAGAAGUCAGGACGACUGAAUUCUGCAAAUUAAAAAAGGAAUACUGGGGAUCCGUUUGUUCUUCUCCUUUUUAUUUCAUGAAAUUCCACGUGUGUGAGAAAGUGAUGGAUUUCUGUGCGUUUGAAGUUUGAUGAAUCUUGAGUUUUUUUGUGGUUUGGUUUUAUUCAUGUUUGUGUAAUUAAGAAUAAAAGAAUUGGACUGGCUCGACAGAUGUGAGGACGUAAAACAAACGUCAGUGUUUUGCCUCAGUCGAGAUUUUCAAAAUGCCUCUGAAGACACGGGGAGAUGUCGGCUUACUGUCUGCUUGCUUGGCAGCUUGUCUUAACCUUUAUCUUAAAUGCUUUUUUUUUUUUUUUUUGUUC